CUAUCGGCGGCCAAUCCGAUGGAAAGAGUUCGCUCCUCGAAGCCCUGCUCGGCUUCCGCUUCAAUGUCCGCGAGGUCGAGAUGGGCACGCGUCGCCCUCUCGUCCUCCAGAUGGUCCACGAUCCGUCGUCCCUCGAGCCCCGAUGUCGCUUCCAGGACGAGGAUUCGGAGGAGUACGGAGGUUCAGUGGUUUCAGGUACGGCUAUUGCGGAUCUAAUCCGAUCACGCACUGAGGCACACCUGAGGAAGAUGAAUGCUGCAGUUUCUUCGAAGCCAAUUGUCAUGAGAGCUGAGUAUGCUCACUGCCCCAAUCUCACCAUUAUCGACACUCCUGGUUUUGUUCUAAAGGCGAAGAAGGGUGAGCCAGAAAAUACACCUGAUGAGAUUUUAUCAAUGGUGAAAGCUUUGGCCAGUCCACCACACCGCCUUCUCCUGUUCCUUCAACAGAGCAGUGUUGAAUGGUGCUCUUCUCUGUGGUUAGAUUCUAUUAGGGAAAUUGACCCCACUUUCAAAAGAACCAUAAUUGUUGUAUCCAAGUUUGACAACCGCCUGAAGGAGUUCAAUGAGAGCUGGGAAGUUGAUCGCUACCUGAGCGCAAGUGGCUAUCUUGGAGACAACAUUCACCCUUUUUUUGUGGCGCUUCCUAAAGAUAGGGGAACGGUUACUAACGAGGAGUUUCGCAGGCAAAUUUCUCAGGUGGACAUAGACAUCCUUCAUCAUCUACGCCAGAAUGUAAAAGGAGGAUUUAACGAAGAGAAAUUUGAACCGUUUAUUGGUUUUGGUUCUCUCAGAAAAUUUUUGGAAUGCGAACUCCAGAAGAGGUACAAAGAAGCUGCUCCAGCAACACUAGCAUUACUAGAGCAGCGUUGCAGUGAAGUCUCUUCUGAGUUAGGUAGAAUAGAGUACAAGUUACAGGCCACUUCUGAUAUCUCCCACCUUCGGAAGUCUGCAAUGCUUCACACAGCUUCUAUCUGCACACAUGUGGGUGCAUUGAUAGAUGGUGCAGCAGAUCCUGCUCCUGAGCAAUGGGGGAAAUCAAGUGUUGAAGAGCAGCAAGAGAGUGGUUUUGGGAGUUGGCCUGGUGUCAAUACGGCUGUGAAGCCUCCAAAUUGUAAUCUUAGAUUAUACGGCGGUGCGGCGUUUGAGAGAGUAAUGCAUGAGUUUCGGUGUGCUACAUACUCCAUUGAAUGCCCGCCGGUUUCGAGGGAGAAGGUUGCAAAUAUUUUGCUUGCACAUGCUGGCAGAGGCGGUGGCGGUGGAGUAGUGGAGGCGGCGGCCGAGAUAGCCCGCGCGGCUGCACGAGCAUGGUUCGCUCCUAUUCUUGAUACAGCUUGUGAACGUCUUGCUUUCGUUUUGAGGUGUCUCUUUGAGUUGGCAGCAGAACGAAACCGCAAUCAUGACUCUGACUAUUGGAAAAAAAAUGGGGAUAUGGAUGGAUACAUUGGAUUUCAUGCUGCUCUAAGGCGCUCAUACCAUAGCUUUGUUAAUGAUCUCUCUAAGCAUUGCAAGCAACUAGUGCGACACCACCUUGAUUCUGUAACUAGCCCAUACUCUCAAGUCUGCUAUGAACCUGACUUCAUGGGUGGGAUUCGCUCUGGUUCAAGCCCAUAUUCUACAUCCAACCAGCUUCAAAGCAUCUCAUACUUCCUUGAUCUGUCAGACCCCGGAGGGGUACAAGAAGAGAUGGAUCAGGAAAAUGUGCCACCUAAAAAUCUACAGAACAAAACACCUGGGAAAAAAAUGGAGUCCAUGGAGGCACUGAAAGAGAGUCAGAUGACAAUUCCUGAGACACCUUCGCCAGAUCUGCCUAUCGAUGCAGCUGUUUUAGGGGUUAGGAAGAAGGAGAAUGGGAACUGUUUGGAUGUGGGUGGAAGAAAACGCCAAGCUAGAACUGUAAACACUGGAAGGAAUUCAGAUGCCAUCAGAAACCAGAAUUCUGGCCUUCUGUUUGUUGAUAUAGCUAAAUCUGGGUCAUCUUAUAUUGAUAUUUGCUCUUUGGCAGCUCAGCACUUUGCACGAAUUCGUGAGGUUCUGAUUGAAAGAAGUGUUUCAUCAGCCUUAAAUUCUGGUUUCUUGACUCCAUGCCGGGAACGAUUGAUAGUGGCACUUGGUUUGGAACUCUUUGCUGUGACAGAUGAGAAAUUUAUGGACAUGUUUGUAGCACCUAGUGCAAUUGAUGUCCUUCAAAGCGAACGGCUAUCUCUUCAAAAGCGAGAAAAGAUUUUACGGACUUGUUUGAAUGAGUUCAAGAACAUAGCUCGGGCUUUAUGAUGGUGACUAUAUUUUUUUUCUCUCAAGUUGCAUUUUUCGGGUCCUUUAAGGGUACAUGGCUAGCAUAUGCUCUAUAUUGAGAAUAAUUCAAUGGACAAUCUUUGUCCAUUUUUUCUGUCAUGGUCUUCUUUGUUGCUCAUGCUAAAUAUGUUACUUUAUCUAAUGAGAUUUGUGGAAAAUAUGUGUUUCAUCAUACCUUUUAUAU